AUGAAGAAGAGGGUCGGCAGUGUGAAUGCCCUGCACCAGCAGAGCGCAUCAACACAGAUAAAGUUUGACAGGACGGAUCUGCUACAUGUUCCAAUCCCUCAUGAAGAUCCGUUGGUGGUUAGUUUGACAGUGGCAGAAUGCCUGGUGCGAAGAGUUCUGGUUGAUCCCAGAAGCAGUGCGAAUGUCAUGUCGAGGGACACAUUUGAUCGGCUUGAGAUCAAGCCGGAAAAGCUCAAGCCCACUGGGAAUCCCUUGUUAGGAUUUGAUGGCAAGAGGGUGGAGCCCAUCGGUAUGGUAGAAGUGGAAGUACAAGCUGCAGAGAGAGUUCUUACAGAAAGUUUUGUCGUUGUUGAGAUUCACCCCUCGUAUAAUCUCCUGAAGGGUAGAGGUUGGAUUCACAGAGUCCAAGGUAUACCCUUAACUCUGCACCAAGUCAUGAGAUGCCUCGGACCCAAUGGAAACAAGGUGAUUGAUAUUCAUGGGGAUCAGGUUGCAGCUAAGGAGUGUUAUUCCGUCACAAUAAAAUGUGCUGGGAAAGGGAAGGCACCCAUCCGUUCGGCGAGCUCAAGAUAG